AUGACUACGUACAUACCAAGUGACAAUCCCCAGUAUGGCCAGACACAGGAAAAGUUUGUGACCAUGCAUACCCAAGACUAUUUGGAGUACGGUCCGCCCCCAUCCAACUACUCUGUUGUGCGAGCGAAGAGUGGGCAUAGCAACGCUACUCUACUCUACAAGGACCUUCUUAUCCAUUCACUUGACAAAAAAUACGACCGCCAUGCCAAAGGGAUGUCGAAUAAAAAUCCAUUGUCUCCGGGGGAAUUGGCAGAAGGUCCGACCCUUGCACCAGAGAUGCUUUUCGGUCGAAAAGACUAUAUCGGCUUCGCUCAUCCUCCCCUGGACUAUGCCCCCGGUAUGUUCGACUGGACCCACCACGACUCUUGGAGCGAAGCAUUGACAGCAGCUGCUAUCUUCGACGGCGACCUUACCAUGAACAAAGACGGGAAGAAGUAUAACCCUUGUCUGAAUGCAACCCAUUACUUCCACGACAAGUUCAAGGUGGAGCGGAAGGAGGUCUACGAGGCUCUGUCUUCCCGCACUCUUUAUCAUCCCGAUGACCGAGACUCAGCUGUGUUCAUGGACGAGGCGAAGUGCUCUUUCACAGCGGCCAUGUGGUAUCGCAGCCUUAUCAUUGUGUGCCCUAAGGUGAACGCCGAUGGUGUUGGUUGGGACCGAAUAUGGAAUACCCACAAUCGACCUCCGGUAUACGCGCGAUGGUCUACUGGACAUUGGCAAGGCCGCAACAAGCCACUCUUGCUAGGCUGUAUACCUAAGCAGCCCUUCAAGGGCGAUGGUUCAUUGCAAAAUUACGUGAGCAAGGAGUGCCACUGGUUCAAUUUGACGCCUAAAUUGGGCACGGCUUUCCAAAAGCAGUGGGGCAGGAUGUUUAACAAGAUCGACGUUACCAAGGUCACAGUCGAUAUGCGAGUUACACCCUGCACACCAGAAUUCUUUUCUUGGUUGCUUGCCGCUACACACUACAAGAUCAUCAGCGGUACUAAGAUUAGUGAUGAUGCUCUCGGCUCCUGGAUCAACCAAUACGCCAAACAUGCCAAAGCUCGGGCAGACGCUGGUGGAGGAUACAUAGGCGAGUUCAUAUACGAUCCAGCGAAGCGAGCUGAAUAUGGAGGUAUCAAUGUCUCAUCCCGUGAGCUGGCUGGUUGGGUCAUGGGUAACUACUUUGCAUGUAAGCCCUAUGCGGCGCGAUAUGAGCGGGCUUUCGAGUGCUUCAUUAAGUGGGAAGCAACCCGAUCCGUUACCGAUUGGCAGGAUUUCCACGACAAGAUCCAUGUUGCUGGUACACCUCCAUGGGCAGGGAGAUAA